AUGAAAUUGGAUAAUACUACCACCACUUUUGCCGUCACUGCUGCUUUUGCCGGUACUGCCAUGUCCGCAUAUAUUGCAGGGGAGCCUUGGACCACAUUGACUCCAUCAAAAACAUAUGAAAAUGGAUUGACUGAUUUUGGAUCCACUUUUGGUAUUGCUGUCAUGCCAGUCACCACUCAAGUGUCUUCUUCCGCUACUCCUGUUGCUAAGAGAGAUCUAGAGGCGGUGUCACAGAUCGGCGAUGGCCAGAUCCAGGCUACCACCAAGACUACUGCUCCUGCAAUCUCUCAGAUCGAUGAUGGCCAGAUCCAGGCUACCACCAAGACUACUGCUCCUGCAAUCUCUCAGAUCGAUGAUGGCCAGAUCCAGGCUACCACCAAGACUACUGCUCCUGCAAUCUCUCAGAUCGAUGAUGGCCAGAUCCAGGCUACCACCAAGACUACUGCUCCUGCAAUCUCUCAGAUCGAUGAUGGCCAGAUCCAGGCUACCACCAAGACUACUGCUCCUGCAAUCUCUCAGAUCGAUGAUGGCCAGAUCCAGGCUACCACCAAAACUACUACUACCUUAAAGCCAUCCGAAGAUCCAGUUUCUCAAAUAGGUGACGGUCAAAUUCAAGCCACCGGCACACCAUCGAAUAAUGAUGGUCAGGAUAGUGAUGACGAUGAGACUGGUGACGAGACUGAGACUGAAGACAGUGAUGAUCCUAUAAAGGCGGUUUCCUGUAAAAACAACGGAACUUUGCAAAUGCUUUUGAAAGACUCAGUUCUUGUAGAUGCACAUGGCAGAAUUGGUUCGAUUGUGGCCAACAGACAGUUCCAAUUCGACGGUCCUCCUCCUCAAGCCGGUACUAUCUUUGCUAAGGGCUGGUCUUUGACCCCAGAAGGUAACUUGGCUAUAGGUGACAAUGACCUUUUCUACCAAUGUCUAUCUGGUACCUUCUACAAUCUAUAUGAUGAAUCCAUUGGUGCCCAAUGUUCUCCAGUUCACUUGCAAGCAAUCGAGUUGAUUGAUUGUUAA